AUGGUAGCCGCCUCAGAGAACGACACCACCCCUCGCUGGCUGAUAUACGAGGUGAUGCACAGCUGCUGGAGUCCGGUCCCUAAGUGCAGACCCAGUUUCUCGGACCUGGUCUCUCAGCUGCAGACUCUGCUGUCCAGUCUGGAAUCCAGCCCCCAGACCCCCCCUGCCCCUUUGCUGUAUGUGAACCUGCCUGAAGGGGAGGGGGCUCUGCAGGAGGGAGAGGGGGCGGGGCUUCUGAAGGAGGGGGCAGAGUUUCAGCAGACCUGGAGCCAAAGCCACGACUGGAUGUCUGUGUCUGGAGCAGCUCUGGCCAUCGGAGGAGACUACAGAUACAUCAUGAGUCCGUGCGCAGAGGAUGACCACGACGAUGAGGACGCGGUCAUAAACGUGUGA